UUCAUCCAGGUUUCUUUCAUUCUAGGGCGCCUGCCCCUCCCCUGACAGAGGACCACAAUAAAAUCCUUUUCCCAUGUCGCCAUCCAGAGGAGCUGCGUCACGUCAGAACAGCGCGCAGUGGCAAAUUAUGAAUGAAUGACAUUCUGCGUGGUGGAGGCGUGUUUUACUGUCUCCACACGCAAGAGGUUUCUUCAUGAAGGAACAGCAUCCCCAGUCUUCUGUUUCCAACUGUUUCAGUCGUGCGUAAAAAUGUUAACAAGCGCAGCGGCAACAAUCGCGUUCCUCCUGUCCUGGGCUCACUGUGCGCUGGCCACGCGGGUCGCCUUCUCCAACUUCUCAGCGGACAACGACGUGCGCUCAAGCUUCAUCCAAGGGCGACUACGGAGCCAAGAGCGCAGAGAGAUGCAGCGAGAGAUCCUCUCCAUUCUGGGGCUGCCGCAACGUCCGCGGCCGCACGCGCACACCAAACACAACGCUGCCCCCAUGUUCAUGCUGGAUCUUUAUAAUGCCAUAUCCACAGACACAGACGCGCACAGGUAUUCAUAUUAUGAGGAAGUCCUACCCACGCAGGCCUCCACCAUGCUGACCCCUGACGACAACCGCUUCCUGGAUGAUGCGGACACGGUGAUGAGCUUCGUCAACCUCAUUGAUCAGGACCGGGAUCUUCUGUUCCAGCCGCACGCACGUGAGUUUCGAUUUGACAUUUCACGCAUUCCAGAGGGAGAGGCCAUCACAGCAGCAGAGUUCAGGAUUUAUAAAGAUUUCAUCCAGGAGCGUGUUGAGAAUGAAACCUUCAGAGUCAGCAUCUACCAAGUCCUGAAGGAGCCGCCUUACAGUGAAGUGGAGCUGCUGCUGCUGGACCAGCGGGAUGUUUGGGCUUCAGAAGAGGGCUGGCUAGUUUUUGACCUGUCCACUACAAGUAACGUCUGGCUGGUCAGACCCGAACAGAAUCUGGGCCUACACCUGAUUCUCAAAGACAGCCAUGGCCAGAGGAGGAAGCCCAGGUUAGCUGGGCUGGUGACCGGCAAUGGUCCUCAGGACAAGCAGCCCUUCCUCGUUGUCUUCUUCAAAGCCAAGGAGGUGCGAUUCCGCAGCAUCCGCUCAGCCCACGCACACAAGGGGCGCCAGUCUAGCCGCUCUAAGCCACAGAAGACUGUUCAAGAGGCUCUGAAGGCAGUGGAGGCUGCAACAGUUUCAGAUAGCCUCGGAUUCUCCAAAGAGGGAUGUAAGAAGCAUGAACUGUAUGUCAGUUUUAGAGAUUUGGGAUGGCAGGACUGGAUUAUAGCACCAGAGGGCUAUGCAGCGUAUUACUGUGAGGGAGAGUGCGCCUUCCCACUCAACUCCUACAUGAAUGCCACCAAUCACGCUAUUGUGCAAACUCUGGUACAUUUUAUCAACCCAGAGACAGUACCCAAGCCCUGCUGCGCCCCCACACAGCUCCACGGCAUCUCAGUGCUGUACUUUGACGACAGCUCCAAUGUCAUUCUCAAGAAGUACCGCAACAUGGUGGUCAGAGCCUGUGGCUGCCACUGACAACUCGCACCUUCUCCCCGAAGUUCUGCAAACCCAAAGGCCUGCUGAAGAAAAGCUGAAGUAGAGUAACCAGAGACAGGUGAUGACUGACUGCCUGGCCACCAGGGAGCUCUUUCCAUGGUUCAGCCUUUAAUCUAGGGGCCUGUUAAUAUGAUCCACAUCUGAGCCAGCUUAAACCACUACUACAGUCAGAACUGCAGGCCACAGAGAAACUAAGGGUGGUGCAGAGUUGCUGAAACAAAAUUUUAAUUUCUAAAAACUAGCAAAAAUGUUCAUGUUCAUAUGUUAAAGUGUCCAUAUGUCCAUAUCAUGUCAAAGAUAUUAAUGUUUUUAUAGAAGGUUCAAGAGCUCGAUCUUCUGAUUACACCAGUGUGCCUUGGUUUUUGGAGCAUCUGGAUGAAUUUGGUUGGACUUGAUGUGUUGGAGCACAGUGAAGAAUAACAGAAUUUAAUGGCAGUGUGGGUUCCACAGGUCUGGCUGUUAAGCCUAGUUUGUGGGUGCAGUGUUAUUUAGACUCCACUUGUGGCGGCUGGGAGUAAAGUUGACAUUGAAGUGUGCACCGUCACUUCAGCUGCAGCUGCUUUGUGCUGCAGAUGAAAAUCGAGUGGCUGGGAUUUUGUUUGGUCACAUUAAAGAUGGUAAAUAAAUUAAGCUGAGAAGAUUCCCAUGUUUUUAUGUCAACAGUGACCUCAGCAGUGACAUUCUCAUCACAUGUGGCUUUUAAAUGAAUGUUUUCUAUGUGAUAAUUGAGUUAUGUUUAAAGAAAUUUUACACAGGACAUAUUUAUUUCUCCAGUUUAGGACUUAAUCAUUGUGUUUGUUUUCCAUUCAUACGUG